UAUGAAUAGUAAUGUAUGGGUAUACAGACAAUAAUUUUAAUAAGCAUAAUGUCUUUAGUAUAUGAUAACUUGCGACUUCACGUCACAAACGAUGCUUUUUACAUUGAAGCACUUAGCGCCGGGUCAGAGGAUGUUCUUGUUAUUGACCGAAUCAAUUUUGAAAUCGAAUUAAUUUCAAAUCGAGAUGACAUUCCACCUUCUCUAGCCGAAAGCAAGGCAAUUCAUGCAAUAUUUGGAGUCAUAAACUUAGUUGGUGGUCCGCAUUUAAUCGUUGUCACAGGCAGAUCUCGUGUUGGAGACAUAGCUGGUCAUACUAUAUGGAAAGUUACAGAAACAGAGGUUCUACCGUAUCGCAAAUCUCUUCUAAAUCUAAACGAAGCACAGACAUCAGACAAUGAGACUUACCUUGCCCUGCUCAACAAUGCUUUGUCAUUCAAAGAUUAUUAUUUCUCUACAAGCUUUGACAUCACACACUCCAUGCAGAGACUUGCUUUAGCUGAUGCUGGUUUUCUGUUGGAACCACUCAGUACAAGGGCGGACCACAGAUUUUUUUGGAACCGGCACGCUCUGCAUGACUUUUUGGAUCGACCAGAACUUAGCAAGUUCACGGUUCCUUUCAUGCAUGGUUUCAUCUCCAUCACAUCUUGCUUCGUCCUCGGGAGGACUUUCGAUCUGAUCCUUGUCUCUAGAAGGAGCACCUUAAGAGCUGGAACGCGUUAUUUUGUCCGGGGACUUGACAAGCAAGGAGAUGCGGCAAAUUUCGUCGAAACAGAGCAAGUCGUGGUGUAUGCCAGACAUAUUUGCUCCCUGGUUCAAACCAGAGGUUCUAUACCACUGUUAUGGUCCCAGCGACCAAAUUUAAGAUACAAACCACUGCCAAAGCUUGUAGAAGACCGAGCUCUUCAUUUAGCAUCAUUUAAAUCUCAUUUCGACUCACAAAUUAUCACAUAUGGAAAGCAGAUGGUGCUGAACCUUGUGAACCAUAAGGGAGUAGAACUGACUUUGGCACAAGCAUUCUUGGAUGCUGUGAACGAAACCAACUCUAAGGACAUAGGUUACGAUGCAUUUGAUUUCCACGGACAAUGUGGAGCAAACCACUGGGAUAGGCUGAGUAUUCUCAUAGACAGAAUUGCAUUGGACCAAGAACAGUUUGGUUAUUUCAUGCAGAAUCGCGAUGGUACAGUGUUCAUGAAGCAAACCGGAGUAUUUCGGACAAACUGUAUGGAUUGUUUGGACCGUACUAAUGUGGUGCAAUCACUUAUAGCCCGAGUCUCAUUAACUAAACAACUAAAACAACUUGGAAUUUUUAAGCCCGACUCAACCAUUGAACAAGAGGCUGAGCUAGACUACACAUUGAAGCAGAUUUGGGCAGAUAACGCGGACUUCUGCUCACGCCAAUACGCUGGCACUGGUGCUUUGAAAACAGAUUACACACGGACUGGUAAACGUACAAAGUUUGGUCUUUUGAAAGACGGGUACAACUCUGCAGUACGUUAUUUGAAAAAUAAUUUCUCCGACGGUUUUAGACAAGACUCCAUGGAUCUUCUCCUUGGCAACUUUUGCGUCUCCGAGAGCACUUCCUCUCCUUUCCCAUCACCAGAGCAGCGGAGGAGACCUGUCCUCCUCUUCCUUAUUUAUCUCAUCUUUUCAGUCUUUGUCAUAGUUGCUCUUCUUCCUGCCACCGGCUUUCUCGAGCAGCUUACAUACGUCAUAAUAUGGGCCCUUGCUACGUUGGUGGUGUCGUCAUACGUAUUGCGUCACGGCGUCGAUUUUGUAAACAAACCAAACUUGGUUCACGUCAAAGAAAAGUUCGAAUAAAUUCGCGCGAUUUUUUUUAUUACGUCAUACGUGAUUUCUGCAUCGUGACGUAACGCAUUACGUCAUGCGUUUAAAAAAACGUAGAGCAAUUUUAUUGCGAAAUAAAAAUUCUAUUCCUGUUAGAAGACUAUAUUGUUUAACAUUAUAUUUGACAUCGUGUGUGCUAAAUAUUGUAGGAAAUAUAUAUUAUGUGAUUUUUGUUAUUCCGUGUUUUUGUGGUGAAGUUUUACGUUCUGUAGAUUUGUGCAUUAACCUUUCGAAUCAAAGUUUAAAAAUAAACCGAUUUGCUGCCAAGACCA